AUGGCUCUAGCAUUAACACAAUUCCAAGCCUUAUGUGGGUUUAUUACUUCCGAGGAACUCGAUGUUGUCCUUGAAAGUGUCCCCGAGAUUAAUGAGUUAGUUGGCAUUAAUGAAAUUGAAAAUGGGGAGGUAAAAGUAAAAGAAGACCGAGUUCUCUGCAGGUCAAUAUUUACCAAACUCAUGUCGGUUGACCGGGACGCCAUUUCCACAUCAUUGUCCAGAUUGAUUAGUCGUCUAAACAGGGAAAAGGAGACAAGGGAGUUAAGUAGUAAGGAAGAACUAGUGUUGAAGCUUGAGAAGCAAUACCCUAAUGACGUGGGUGUGUUAGCAGCUCUACUACUCAACCAUUUGAUAUUAAACCCGGGUGAAGCUUUAUACAUAGGAGCAAACGAUCCACAUGCUUAUUUAACCGGUGAGUGUGUGGAGUGCAUGGCGGCUUCAGACAAUGUGGUGUGA